UCGCUCAUGUUAAAAUCACAGUAAAAAUAAACAGAAGUCCAAAUAUAAAACUCAAAAGGACUACUGUGCAAUUUAAUAUGGCGGUUAGGGUGAUUUAGAUAAACGUAUAAAUAAAUUUAAAAUUUUGUUCAAUAAAAUUUGGUUUGUAAAAAAAUCGUAGUUUCUUAUCUCAAAGGGUUAUGUUUUCUUUCAAUUUGUGGCCUUUGCUUUUGGGUAUUGUGUAAAUAAUGCCACUAAGUGUCUCCCCAAAUAAUCAUCCUCUGUUUGUUUUUUCAAGCGCAAUCAUAUACAGUUUAAGUAACUGUUCACCGCGUUAACGCGUCAAUACAGAUAAUUAAUCUUGAACGGAGAUCAGUUCGUUUUAGAAGCGCAGAAAUAUCUUGAUGAAAAUCUGCCGAUUAUAUGAGACUACGUCUGUCGGCAAUGAAACUUGUUUGCUCAAGCUGUCAAACGAAUCUGUUAAUACCGGGUAAAACCAGUAUAUUCCGGACUUCAUUUUACCCGAAUUUGUUCGCAUGAAGUAAAUGUAAAUUUUGUGACGUCAUUUCGUUACGUAAUACAGCGUUAACCGAGCGCUGGCGAAGGACUGAAAAUAAAGAAGCGAAAAAAGGCGAAGCCGCUGUGUCAACUACGCUAUCGCUCAUUAGCUAGAUUUGUCUCUGAUGCCGAAACUGACAUCAUUCUGUUUGGAUACAUAGUAGCGAACGGAGACGCCUGUUCUUAAAGUCUCUGUAAAAUAUACGAACUUUAGCGCUUAGUUAGACAAUCAUGUCAGGUGCGGACAAAUUCCCGUAUAGCCGUCAGUUCCACGGUGAUUUCAGAUACUUCGGACAUUCCUCUUCCCGGCACCCCCAACCUCCGGUUCCUGCUCCAUCAGCAGCGGCGACGGUUCCUCCGCCAGCGCAUCCGUUCAUCGCGCAUUUUUACCCGAUGCUGGCCGGCACCGAGUGCCCGAAUCCCGGCUACCCAAGUGCAAUCAACCCGACCCCCCACCAGACUUCAGCAGCGGCCCUGGUUGCCCUUGCUGGACAAAAUUUCUCGUCUCAACUUUUGCAAAAUUUCCAACUUAAAGCAUUUAGAGAGCAACUCUCAGUUAAGGAAGACGCGGAAAAUCAAGCAGCUUCGUCGAAACCAAUACGACAACAGUUCGACGUCGAGUCACUUACAGGCAAAAGUCCAACGCAGGACCUUCCCAGUAAUCAACUCACAUUACAAGGUGCUUCAGCAACACCUGACGUUUUCCCUUCCCCUCUGCACGCCUGGCAGCAACUGCUCCGCAGGUUCCGCGGAAACGAGUCUCCUCCGGAUCCAAUAGCGGACCCAUAUCCAUCUUACAUCAAGGGAUCAUACCAGCACCAUCCGCCCAACCAACAUCGGGAAAUUCAGCGAAACUUCGCGGGCCCUCCCGACUCACUUUUCCGGCGAGACUCAAUGGAAAUGCCUCCUUCGUACGACCAACUUAAGCGAAAGCGUCCUGGCGUUCAUUUAAGCCGAAGCGUGGCCAAAUCACCGAGAUCUGCACAUCCGGAAAGACACAACGAUAUAAACCCGGUCGACUUCAGCCGUCGAUCACCUACAUCAACCCUCAACGAAACGGCAACUAAUGCAUUGAGAAUCUCAAACUCAAAUAACACGUUAAACGGACGUCACACAGAUCACGUGGAUAUUCUGACGUCAUCACCUACCGGAUCGUCACCGUCACGUGAGCACCAGGAUUACGACACUAUGCUCUUAACCAAUAGAAACACUUCUAGCGUUUCUUCCAACCAAUCACAAGACGACGUCCCACGCCGACGAAAAAAACGAUCAUCGUCAGUCAGUGACUUGUGUCCUGUAUGUGGACUCACUGUAAGGGAGUCGGAGCUAACAGCACAUGUUCAAAUGGAGAUUGAAAAACUUGCCAAGCUACCCAAUGAUAUUCGGAAAAAAGCUUUCUGUCAUAGAAAAUCAUCUUUUGAACGAAAACCUUCAUUUACUUCUUCGUCAUCAUGCAAUGCCACCUCUACUUCAAGCAAGCGAUUAACUGAAAGAGAUUCGUCGCCGAAAUCGGAGCGAGAUAACAGGGAAAAGACAUUUCGUAAAGUUCGUAGCAACCGAGUUGAUCGUCUCAACUCACGCGUUGGUAACUGCUUGAAAGCGCAACGGAGCACAGGGGAGACGUCGAAUGAAAAUCGAGUUUGGAUUGGGCACUCUGGCGCCACUAUGUGUCCAGUUUGCUCAACGGCCAUGCACGGCAGUUCAGCCGAAAUGAGUGCACAUGUUGAACAGUGUAUUAGACAGAGACAGCAGUCCCGCCAUCCUCAUGAUGAAGAGGAAGAAGUAGAUGUUGAAAAUGAUCCUCCACGAGCUCCAAGCAACCAUGACGACACAAGAAGCAAUCAGAGCUUCAGUUCCGACUGUGAUUGGAGGAAUGAGACUCGAUCUAAUGUGCCAAGGGUGCCGGGUUCGAAUCUUCAAGAUGGGAGUUUUCCGUUAAAUCGAACUUCACAGCAAUCUGAACAGGUACUGAACGUUGAAACAGACGAUACUUAUCUUUUUGGUUUACCUCAAUUUUCCGAAGCGGAUGUUACGUCAUGUAGUGUGACGUCACAUGAAGCAACGCGAUCAGCAACAGAAAGCCCUGACGACUCGGUUUGCUCCACACCGCCAUCUACCGGACACGAAGAAUCUUGUUCUAACGACGUAGCAUCACUUCAUCUCAAAAUCAAGAAACUGAUCAAUGAUAAACGAUCCAACCGUUGUCAGAUAUGUAUGGAUUCAUACGAAGACCCGUUGGCCUCCAUUGAAUGUUGGCAUGUACAUUGUCGCAAAUGUUGGCUUCGUGCAUUGUCUGUGAAGAAGCUUUGUCCGCAAUGCAGCGCUAUAACACCGGCGGACAAAUUGCGCCGUGUAUAUUUGUAGCAUGAAAGCAACACGUAAAUGUUUCGUUCUGUUUCGUCGCUACUUGUAUGUUGAUUGUGAAAUAAAUAAGUUGUAAUGCCAUAAA